CCACCCGUCGGGCUUCUCGGCAGCUACUGCAGAGGAUCCAGAGCCGAGUCGCUGAGGAGGAGGAGGCUCCCGGUCCCUGCGCGCCAUCCGCCACCUUAGUGGACACCGGCGAGGGAGCGAGAGCGUCGCCUCUGUAGCCUCCGGAGAAGACAAGGGCAUCGUCGCCUCAGCCCCCGCCGCCGCCGCCGUUUUCGCCUGCAGCGGCUCGCCGGAUCCUCAGUCUUCCACAAUGAACCCUGUGUAUAGCCCCGUGCAGCCUGGGGCUCCUUAUGGCAACCCUAAGAACAUGGCUUACACAGGUUACCCCACAGCCUAUCCAGCAGCAGCCCCUGCCUACAACCCCAGCCUGUACCCCACCAAUAGCCCCAGUUACGCUCCAGAGUUUCAGUUCCUGCAUUCAGCUUAUGCAACUCUGCUGAUGAAACAGGCCUGGCCACAGAACUCGACUUCCUGUGGCACUGAAGGCACCUUCCACCUCCCAGUGGACACCGGGACCGAGAACCGAACUUACCAAGCAUCCUCUGCGGCUUUCAGAUAUACUGCGGGGACACCAUACAAGGUCCCACCGACCCAGAGCAAUACUGCUCCACCCCCCUACUCCCCAUCACCCAACCCCUAUCAGACGGCCAUGUAUCCCAUCAGAAGUGCCUAUCCUCAGCAGAAUCUGUAUGCCCAGGGAGCCUACUACACACAGCCGGUGUACGCUGCCCAGCCCCACGUCAUCCACCACACCACGGUCGUCCAGCCCAACAGCAUUCCCUCUGCCAUCUACCCGGCACCUGUAGCUGCCCCCAGGACCAACGGCGUGGCCAUGGGCAUGGUGGCUGGCACUACCAUGGCGAUGUCAGCAGGUACCCUGCUGACUGCACCCCAGCACACCGCGAUUGGGGCACACCCUGUCUCCAUGCCAACAUACAGGGCCCAAGGGACCCCUGCGUACAGCUAUGUGCCACCACACUGGUAAAGCCUGCAGCCCAUCCAAAUCUGGAGUCACACAUUGUAUGCAACUACUCAAGUCUUACAGGUGCUGGAGCAGUUCCCUAGCAGCACCACCUCUAUUUGCAAGAAGAGACAACGGAAGUGCAAGGGUCACUUUAUGCAUCUUUAGCGGUUUUGAUUUUGAUUUUUGGUUUAUGUAAAAGCUGCUUUUUCUAAUCUCCUGCCUCUCCCCACUACCCUCCUCUUAGCCACUGCCCUUCCAGCUUCACCCCUCCUCCUACCUGACCAGGCACUUCCUCUCUGCUCUUCUUCUUCCCUUCCCCAAGCGUCCAUUCCCCGGGGAUCCCGGUCUAGCGGCAGGUAGAGAGUGGGGGAUAUUGCAGUGGUUCAGCUGAAGGCACGAUUUCCGAUUUCCUUUGAAAAGCCUAACAGAUGUAGCCCUUGGGUCCAGGGUGGGAACUCAGAGCUGUUGAGCAGGCUCCAUCUUUGGGGGAUUGUUUCCUUUUUUUAAUUUUUCUCAAGAUUAGUGUAGGACAUUACCAUGUCCUGACACAAAUGAAAUGUCUUCUGAGAACCAUCACAACAGACCAAGAACAAAACACCUGAUUAGGUAGGAGUGUUCAUAGGAGCUUAAUACCCCAGUGCCAGAGCUCACCCAUCUGUCCUUGGGGCUGGCAGGCCGGCCAGGCUCUUGGUUACCUUUAGCCACUCAUGGCCAAAGUGAAGGAACCACAUUCCAGAUGGGUGCUGGCAGCUCUGAAGAUGAGGAAGCUGAGGCCUGGAGAAGAGGAAAGGACUUCCCUAGAUCUUGCAGUAAAUUAGCAUUAAAUGCAGCCUUUCUACCUAGGGGCAUGUUGCCCACAAAAAGUGACCUAGGGAUGGAUUGGCUUGGUUUUGUAAAAAUUAAGUCAGCAGUGCCCACAUCUGGUGAGCUCUGGAACAGUAUCUGUCUGGGUUUUUGUUUCUGUUCUUUUCCUCCCUAGACUCCAAAGGCAGGGGGAAGACUGGGCAGAGGUUACAUGGGAGCAGAUGGCAGGAACAGAAAUUGCAAAUGAAGAAAUAGCAUUUGGGAAUUCUGUGAAGACAUCUGGAACUUAUGUCCUAUACCUGACUCCAGCCCUAGGAGAAUGAGCAGGUGGGCCGUCUGAAAAGGAGGGUCCAUGCAUUUAGGACAGUAGCGCCUCAUCCUGAGAGGAGAGGAGGACCAGGAUGAGGCCUGAGAGAAGAGGGGUCCCUGGGUCAGGAGGCCCUGCUAGUCUCAGCUAGGAGCCUGGUUUGCCCCCCUGCACCUAGCACAUGGCUGGGCCAGCAGCACCCCCUAGUGGGGGCAAGAACAUUUUACUGUACAGAGUGGGAUCAUUGAUAAUAUUUGGGACUUUUAAAUAACUUUUUAAAUUCAUUCAAACGUGGACAUAUCCCUAUCUCUACCUCCCAUCACUCCCUAAAGGAGGAAAAAAAUCAGAAACCCUUGGGCCAGGAGGGCAAAGCCCAUCAGCAUCCUCAGCCCAGAGUCAGAAGUUGGGGCCAACCUUCUUGGCCUGCAGGGACCUGGAGGACCAGUAAGGAGAAACCCAGCUGUUCUGAAUGGUCUGUUCCGGGUGCGGAAGUUUCAUUUUAAAACCAGAGUUUCCCAGUGUUAAUCCAUUUUUUGCAAAUACCUCCUCCUCUCUGGUUUAGAUUAUGUCAUACAUAUUUGGAAAAUGCCAAAAUAAUAACAGGAAACCUUUGCAUUUAUCAGGUGCUUCUUAGAUUUCAGAGCACUUCACAGCCUUUAAUUUACUGGCCCUGAGACAGAGCGACAUGGUCGGAGUUGUUAUGCCCACUGGACAAAUGAGGAGCUGGUUCUAGGAGGAAAGGGAACUUGCCCAGAGUGAGCAGAACACUGGCUCCUGACAGGCUUCCUGGGCCUGCUGCAUCCAGAUGGGCUGCAGGAGAACCAGAGGGGAAGGGAAAGAGGAGACUUAGGAAGGACCUUGUUACUUUUGUUCUUUCUCCACCAGUAAGUAAAAAAUAAUGUCUGGCACCUUGCAGUUCACAGAACAAUUUCACAUCCAUCCUCUGAUUUAAUCCUGUGAAAUAGAUUAUUCCUCCCAUUUGACUUAGGAAACAAACUCAGAAAAGCAAAGUGACUUGUCUAUCUGCUUUCUCUCUCCCUCCACGCUGACUUAUACACAGGCUUGCAGACUGAUGCAUCUAUGCUCUGCACCCUCUUAGCCCUGGUAUGUAACUCAGUAUCAGAGACAGGCCCUGAGGCAUAGCCAAGGCAGAAGGGCUGUAGUCUGAAGAGCCCAGGCCCAGCUCCCCUUUGGUAGUAUGAGUGUUGGAGUCUCGUUCUCUUGCUCUGAUGGAGAUCCACAGCCUGGCCAGGCUUGGAGAGUCAUUGCAAAGAGGCUGAGCCGGGAGGGCAGGGGCAGCAGUGCUUUAGCAGGAGCAGCACACCUGGCAGGCUCACAGGUGUCUGUCAGGAGGUACCAUGGGCAUCAUCCAAAGGUACUGGUGGCCCAGUAGUCAAGCUGGCCAGAAGGUCAGAGCCAGGAGGGCCCUGUCACUGUUGAAAGGCCAGCAAGCCAGAGAGGACAGGGUGUGCCAACAUGACAAUGAGCUGCAGUGCUGGCCCCGCGUGCAAAUCCCUCUCCACCCCCUCCACUGCCUCUCCCAGUACCACAGCUUGGUGGCCAGCAUUAGGGGUAUAUAGGUGGUUCUAGUCACCAGCCAACCCUUUCACUCCCCCCUCCCUUCUAUUUGACUCCCUCUCAGUAGCCUGGGGCCUAGGAAGCUGGAGUGCCCCCAAUCUGCCACAUUUUGAAAAUGUUUUAAAAAUGUCUUCCCCGUGAGACAGGACAAUUGCUGCUCCUCUCUCUCUCUCUCCUGGUAAUGAUCCUAAAGUGAUACCCCCUUCCCUAAAUAUUGAACAAGGACAUACACCUGUCCAGAGUGUUUUCAUGUACGAAGUACUUUGACAUUGAUUGCCAAAAUACCCAUCUUACAACUAAGUCUCAGAAGUCUUAAGACUUGCCAAAGGUCACAGAGCUCAAGAGAAAGAGCCAACACUUGAACUCUUCAGCUGCUCUGCUCUUCCUGCUGGCACCUGCUGGGUCUGAGUGGCAGGGGUGAGGAAGGGAUGGCUUCCCGUCGUAUCCCACGGGUGAGGACCAGGACCUGAGAGUGCAUAGUCCUGGCUCCGUAUCCCAACUCCUACCUCUGGCUGCUUGUUCCAGGUCUGAGGGAUCUACUUUAGAGGUCUGGGGUGCUGCUUUGGAGGAGCUUGCUUUGUUCUGCGUGGCCUCUGGAGUGAGUCGUGGGACUUAAAAAGGGCAGGCCUCUUGGUCACCAAGUUCAGGUGUUGUUGUGCAGACAGGACUAGGCCAGUCUUAGCAAGGCCCUGGCUUAGCCAGGCCUGGAGCCCUGCAUGUCAGGUUCCUCAGCUCUGCUGCAUGGCCUGAGAGGGAGGGCCGAGAAGGCAUGGGUCUUGGGCACAGCACUCUGACUAGAGUAAUUAAGAUCUCAGUGUGGCAUUUCUCCUCGUUGCAGUUGAAAGUGUGUGGCAGCUCUGCUUUUCCGUCCUGCAUUCUACAUCACUACAGGGUAUUUCUAAGCCAAGCUCAGAAAUCCAGAGGGGUUAGGUCAGACAAUGGAGUGGGCAGGCUGGAAGCAGGCUCCAGGAGGAAUCCAGGCCCGACCCACCGCGGAAAGCAGGAUCACAGUAGAAACUCAGCCAGGCUAACAUCAGAUUCCAUACCUGAGCCUCUGAGAGCUCAGGCUCCUAUGGGCAGGCCAGGCCAGCUGCAGCAUCUGUCCUUUACCUGUUCAUGCUCCCCUCUCCUAGAGAACUCGUUUCUGAAAUUAGGCAUUACGUGUUCCAGGGCCCAGCCGUCAAAAUUUCUGGCAGGCCAGCUUCAACAUUCCAUAGCCAACCUUGCCUGAAGCAGACUUAGGUCCCACUCACUCAGUUUCUUCAGUAGGUAUUUUCUGUCCUGCAUGCUAUUGCCUCCAGCCCAGUGGCCAAGUGAGACACAGGAGUUGGGACUGGCUGUCACAAAGCCCGAAAGGGAAACUAGAGCUCACUUUCCUGUGGUGCGUCCGUAGUCAGCAGGCUCCGUGCGUGGCGGUGAGACCCCGUACCCAUUCCAGCUCCUGGUACAGGGGUGUUUUCCUUCCCGGAGAGAACAGACAUAACAGAUUUGCAGAUAAGUACCAGCCCCUGGGAGUCAAGUGGGUGAAAUCAUCUUUGAGCCGGACCCCAGCAAGACCAGCAUCUGCAGGCUCCAGCCUUCCUCCUGCAGCCUGAGCGUCGGGAAGAGUGGGACUGCCUGCCCAGAGAGCACCUUCCCGGGUCAGCAGAUGGUCUGGAUCUAGGGUGGGACUUGAGCUUCUCCUCACCGAGGGGCGGCCAGACCAGGCCUCUACUGGAGUUGUCUGUAAUGACCUUUAAAGGCCCAGGGCCUGUCCCCAUCUCCUGUUUCAUAUCACCUGUUCUCAUGGCAUGUAACAUCCCUGUGAGAGUGUUGUAUAUGAUUUUGUAUUUUUUAAUUCAUUUUAAUCUACAGGUUGGAAUCUGAUUUUUAAAUUUUAUUGGAAUUCACAUUUUAAAAGGAAAAAACAUUUAAAAUAAUAAUAAUAAACCUUUGACCAGUGUC